GUGAAACGGGGUGGGACUGUUGUCAUGGGGGAGGUGGAGGCGCUAGGUGGCUACUGGCGCCCGAGGUAGAGAGGCAGGGGCGCUGGAGUUGGUUGGCUGCAGCUGCAGAUUUGGGGCUAAAGCAACUUCUUCCAAGGAAGAACGCCAGUGCAGCUGCUGUUAUAACCCAAGAUCUUGAUCCGCAUCCAUAGAUUGGAAUAUUGGUGGGCCAGCAAUCCUCAGACACCUCACUCAGGACAGCUUGUAAAAAUUAAAAUGAAUAAACUACGGCAGAGUUUUAGGAGAAAGAAAGAUGUUUAUGUUCCAGAGGCCAGUCGUCCACAUCAGUGGCAGACAGAUGAAGAAGGAGUUCGUACUGGAAAAUGUAGCUUCCCAGUCAAGUACCUUGGGCAUGUAGAAGUUGAUGAAUCAAGAGGAAUGCACAUCUGUGAAGAUGCUGUAAAAAGACUGAAAGCUGAAAGGAAGUUCUUCAAAGGCUUCUUUGGAAAAACUGGAAAGAAAGCUGUUAAGGCAGUCCUGUGGGUAUCGGCAGAUGGACUCAGAGUUGUGGAUGAAAAAACUAAGGACCUCAUAGUUGACCAGACAAUAGAAAAAGUUUCUUUCUGCGCCCCAGAUCGGAACUUUGACAGGGCCUUCUCUUACAUAUGUCGCGACGGCACAACUCGGCGCUGGAUCUGUCACUGCUUCAUGGCCGUCAAGGACACGGGUGAAAGACUGAGCCACGCUGUAGGCUGUGCCUUUGCAGCCUGUUUAGAACGUAAGCAGAAGCGGGAGAAGGAAUGUGGAGUGACUGCUACUUUCGACGCCAGUCGGACCACUUUCACAAGAGAAGGAUCAUUCCGUGUCACCACAGCCACUGAGCAAGCAGAAAGAGAGGAGAUUAUGAAACAGAUCCAAGAUGCCAAGAAAGCUGAUACAGAUAAGACAGCUGAUGGUUCGUCAGUGGCCCCUGGCAACAUUGCCACCUCCCCAUCCUCUCCCACCUCUCCCACUCUGGAUGCCACUGCCUCUCUGGAGAUGAACAAUCCUCACGCCAUCCCACGCCGGCAUGCACCAAUUGAACAACUUGCUCGCCAAGGCUCUUUCCGAGGAUUUCCUGCUCUUAGCCAGAAGAUGUCACCCUUUAAACGCCAACUGUCCCUGCGCAUCAAUGAGUUGCCUUCCACUAUGCAGAGGAAGACUGAUUUCCCCUUAAAACACACAGUGCCAGAGGUAGACGGCGAAGCAGAGAGCAUCAGCUCGCUGUGCUCACAGAUCACCAAUGCCUUCAGCACACCCUCUGAGGAUCCCUUCUCAUCUGCCCCAAUGACCAAACCAGUGACAGUGGUGGCACCACAGUCUCCUGCCUUUCAAGGGACCGAGUGGGGCCAGUCUUCCGGUGCUGUCUCUCCAGGUCUCUUCCAGGCUGGUCACAGACGCACUCCCUCCGAGGCCGACCGCUGGUUGGAGGAGGUGUCCAAGAGCGUCCGGGCUCAGCAGCCCCAGGCCUCAGCUGCCCCUCUGCAGCCGGUCCUCCAGCCGCCCCCACCCACUGCCAUCGCCCAGCCAGUGCCACCUUUCCAAGGAAAUACAUUCCUCACCUCUCAGCCCGUGCCAGUGGGCGUGGUCCCACCCCUGCAGCCCGCCUUUGUCGCUGCCCAGUCCUAUCCUGUGGCUAACGGGAUGACCUAUCCAGCCCCUAACGUACCUGUGGUGGGCAUCACUCCCUCCCAGAUGGUUGCCAAUGUGUUUGGCACCGCAGGCCACCCACAGGCUGCCCAGCCCCAUCAGUCUCCCAGCCUGGUCAAGCAGCAGACAUUCCCACAGUAUGAGACAAGCAGUGCUGCUGCCAGUCCCUUCUUUAAGCCUCCUGCUCAGCACCUCAACGGUUCUGCAGCUCUCAAUGGCGUAGACGACAGCAGGUUGGCCUCGGGAGACAAGCAGACUGAGGCUCCUGCAGGCACCUGCACGGUGGAUCCCUUUGAGGCCCAGUGGGCGGCCUUGGAAAGCAAGUCCAAGCAGCGUACUAACCCCUCCCCCACCAACCCCUUCUCCAGUGAUUUACAGAAGACUUUUGAAAUUGAACUUUAAGCAGUCCUUAUGGCUUAUGUAUUUUGUCUGUACUUAGGCCCGGGUGGGGGGUGGAGGUCAGAGGAGCAAAGGGGACUUUGCAUUCCCAACCAGUAAGCUUUUCACUAAUCCCAAAGGUCCCCAAGGGCAUGUCCAGGCAUAGCAUGUGGAUGGGGGUGAUGAUUGAAAAAAGUGGAGAGACCCAUUCCUAGGGAAGAGCUGUUUUGCAGUUAGACUAAGAAAGUCAAGGACCUGUCCUCUGUCCCGCCUCCCUCAGCCCCUUACCAGUCUCUGGCAGCAGAGAGGCAGAAGUAUCUGAACAGGAAUCUGUAUUCAAAGCACAUUUACUGGAAUAUAAAACACAACGGGAAGCCAAACGAUCUCCCUUCGUUUUUCAGGCCUUUCACCUACCUGCUCUCUCAGCACUAGCCUUCUUAAAGAUCGAGAACAGGGUGGCCUGUGCUGGGACUGGGGAAGAGAGGCGGGCUGUGCUGCUGGAAUUCCCAGCAGGGCCUGUCUGUCAGGAGCUGCCCAGCAGAGCUGUGUUUUAGGGGUAAAGUUGAGCUUCCAUUUUGAGUAAGAAUAAAUAUUAUAAAUAUAUAUCAAAAAGCCAAAAUCUUUAUUUUUAUGCAUUUAGAAUAUUUUAAAUAGUUCUCACUAUUAAAAAGUUGUAUGAGUUGUAAGUAAUCUUGCCAAAGGUAAAAAGGUUAGCUGUAAGAAAUUGUACAUAAGAUUGGUUUAUCAUUGAUGCCUAUUGAAGUAAAAAAAGAGGAAGGGCUGGAAGUGGCAGGUGGGAUCCCUAGCUCACUUGGUAUCACUUACUGUAAGUAGCACACUGCAACAACAAUCAUGCUUAUGACCAGUAUGGUCAGCUAGGUAGUAGUUUUAAAUAAAGAGCAAGCAGUAUUGUCUUGGUUUUACACCUGUAAUGUCAUUAUUUUAAUGGGUUCAAUCUAAAUAGAGAAUGUCUUGUCUUUUCUAUACUGCUGCAGUUUCCUUAUGUUAAUCCUUUAACACUAAGGUGACAAUGAUGUAAUCAUAUCCAUGAGACGGGAACGCAGGUUACCCUGUUGGUUUGUCAUGUAGGUCUUGGAGGGUUUUGUUUUGUCCUUUUAAGUUUUGUUCCCACGAGUUUUGUGGGGAUGGAGGUCCUAGUCUUGUUAGCACUGCGUGUGUGUGCGUGCGUGCGUGUGUGUGCGUGCGUGCAUCCAUCCCUCUUGUGGUGAGCUGAACAUCCUGUUGCCAGUUGUAGCCACUUGACCUCUGGUAACAACGUAAGAUCCCAUCUCAUUUUUACUUUCGAACGUUGGCCUUACAAUCAAAUGUAUGUUAUAUAUAUAUUUGUACUGAUGAGAAUUUAUAAUCUGCUUUAACAAAAAUAAA